AUGCCGAAGCCAUCUCAGGCCCACAUGCAGACGACUGGCGGCCGUGAGUGCCGAAAAAAGCAGGCGAUCAUUUGCUGCAACUACCAGCAGACGGGCCGUAUAGCUCGGAGUUACAGAGAGAGCCGCAGCCUAACGUGCAGGGAAGGAGUGGACGACCACACGUGGCAGUCCGGUGACGCUCCAAUAGCUGCUCAAUAUUGCGACAACACUAAUUCGCCCGGCUUCAUCCUCAUUAUUUCCAUGCCCGAAAACACAGAGCGCUUGACACUGUCAUUUUCCAGUGUGACAGUGGUGCCUAGCCGACUGUGGUUCCUAAGUCUACCAGAGCUUACGGAGGCCUUGACUUAG